AUGUUAACUGAUUUACCAUUAGAAAUACAAAUCAAAUUAAUUCAAAUGGUACCUGAUUCAAAUUUAAAAUAUACUUCACCUCAUUUUUAUCUACUAUAUAAUGAUUUAUUUUAUCAUAAAUUUAUACAUGAUUUUGGUGAAGAAUCAUUAAUUGUUAUAUUAAAAGUUAUACCGUGGUUAGUACCGUAUAUUAAAUCUCUCGAUAGUUUUAGAUUAAUGAAUAGGACAAUAAUAUCAAAUAGAUUAAAUCUACAAUUAACAUCACCUACCAAUCCUUUUAAUGUUCAAUUUAUUAAAGAUUCAUGGAAAUAUAUUUAUUCAAUUUUUAAAAAUAAACGAUUAUUUGCAGAAUAUCAAGAUUAUAGAAUUGAUGAACCUUCAAAUUAUAUAUUUAAUCAUUAUGUUGAAAUUAAUCGUACUUAUUUAUUAAGUUAUAAGAAAACAGUUUGGUUAUCCCCAGGAAAAUAUAAUUUAAAUACUGGUUUAGCUGUUAAAUAUGGUCAUGGAUUAGGCACAACUAAAUUUGAAAUUAAAUAUGAUAAUGAGAAAAUAAAUUUUUACCCACCUACAAAUAUAAAUGAUAUACUUCCAAAAAACCAAUUUUGUUUUUUAAAAAUUGGAGAAUUUGAAAUAACAAGAGGUAAAAAUGAUGAAAAUUCUACUCAAAAAUUAAAAAAGAUUGAAAUUACAAUGGAAGAAAUUGGAUUAUAUAUAAAAUCAGGAUUUAGAAUUUAUUUUAUUGAUAUUUCACAACCUAGUUUAUUAUUUAACGAAUAUGAUUUAUUAUUUUAUACUUUAAAAGAAACAAAUUAUAUUUAUUUCAUCAAUAUAUUUUUAAAAAAUUUAUACAAGGCUAUUAAUUUUGUUCAAAAUGGUGGAUGUCCUGAUAAUUCAAGUUAUUCAUGUGCUCCAAAACGAUAUGGUUAUGGAAAUCCAUUUGAUUUAUUUAAAGAAUAUGAAAAAUCGUAUCUUAAAGAUUCUACAUCAACUGAAGCUAAUCAAUUAUUUGAAUAUGAUGAUGAUAAAUUAAAAGAGUACUCAAACUUAUAUUAUAAUACUAAAUUUAAACGAUAUUUUAAAUUUACUACAAUUUAUCAACAACGACAAUUUAUAAAUAGAUAUGGUGAUUAUCAAAUUGAUUGGAAUACUGAUGAUGAAGUAGUUAAUGCUGAUGAUGAUAGUAAAAGAUGUGAGUAUGAUAAGGAGGGGUUGAAGUGGAAGAUACCUAUAAUUGGUGAGUUAUAA